GGGAGACGUCAGAUGGCUGCGCAAAUACUUGGAAUUCCGGUUCCGUCGUUGGCUAAUUCCGUAAACUUUGACAAGCAGAAAGUUGUAUUUAUAUGAUAGGCUACAACAGUUUCAAUAGCUUGAAUACCCAGUAAUAAACUGGAAAUGGCUUCUUCGCCACAGAAAUCACCUUCUUCUCCCAAAUCCCCGACUCCAAAAUCACCACCUUCAAGAAAAAAAGAUGAUUCUUUCCUCGGAAAACUUGGGGGAACUUUGGCCAGAAGAAAAAAGGCAAAAGAAGUGUCUGAGCUCCAGGAGGAGGGGAUGAAUGCCAUCAACCUGCCACUCAGCCCCAUCCCCUUUGAGCUGGACCCAGAGGACACCAUGCUGGAGGAGAAUGAGGUCCGCACCAUGGUUGACCCUAACUCCAGGAAUGACCCCAAACUGCAAGAACUGAUGAAGGUACUCAUAGACUGGAUCAAUGAUGUGCUGGUGGGGGAGAGAAUCAUUGUCAAAGACCUGGCUGAAGACCUCUACGAUGGGCAGGUUCUGCAGAAACUAUUUGAGAAGCUGGAGGGUGAGCGGCUGAAUGUGGCUGAGGUGACCCAGUCUGAGAUAGCCCAGAAGCAGAAGCUGCAGACAGUUCUGGAGAAGAUCAACGACACUCUGAAGGUCUCAAUCAGAAACAUCAAAUGGACCAUUGACUCUGUCCAUGCUAAAAGCAUCGUGGCCAUUCUCCAUUUACUGGUGGCGCUGUCUCAGCACUGCCGCGCCCCCAUCCGCCUACCUGAUCAUGUGUCCAUUCAAGUUGUGGUUGUACAGAAACGGGAGGGAAUCUUGCAGUCUCGCCAGGUUCAGGAAGAGAUCACAGGGAACACGGAGGCUCUAUCAGGAAGGCAUGAACGAGAUGCGUUUGACACCUUGUUUGACCAUGCACCAGACAAGCUGAAUGUGGUGAAAAAGACUCUGAUCACCUUUGUGAACAAGCACUUGAACAAGUUGAACCUGGAGGUGUCUGAAUUGGACACACAGUUUGCUGAUGGUGUGUACCUGGUGUUGCUGAUGGGACUGCUUGAGGGCUACUUUGUUCCUCUCUUCAACUUCUUCCUAACGCCAGAGCAUUUUGACCAAAAGGUGCACAAUGUGGCGUUCUCCUUUGAGCUGAUGCAAGAUGGAGGCCUGGAGAAACCCAAGCCACGGGCAGAGGAUAUUGUGAACUGUGACCUGAAGUCUACUCUGAGGGUACUCUACAACCUCUUCACCAAAUACAGAAAUGUGGAAUAACGACUGGUACUUCACCGUUCAUUCAGUUAUAUUGACGUAUCUAUCAAGCAAAUGCCCUGUUUAGAUGUAUAUUUCAGGGCAAACACGAUGCAUCUAAUAGGGAGAGCCCACCUGUGUUAGCUUUGUCCUGCUGAAGGCUCACUAAAACACAAGUACAGCACAGUAUGUUGUAAAGUACUUGGAUAUGAAAAGACAGAUAUAUUUCAGUAUUAUUGAAGGUUAACUUAAUGAGUUAUUGAUUAUGCCGUCCUAUUGUUGAGUCAUUGCCAUGUUGAAUUGUUCUUGCCCAAGUCAUUCCGGCCCGAAACCGUUUGAAGUCUACUUGGAUUCACUUCCGACUACAUGAAGGAUCAGAAUAUAGAUGUAUUGAAUGUAUGACAGCUGGGUUUGUGCUCAUCAAAGUAUUGACUUCCAUCUUUUGAAAGAAAUCAGAAGUUUUGAAUUGGCUCAGAAGGUUUUUGGUUGUUGUGCUUAAAGCAGUGGGACCACAUACAGUGCACACUAUUCAUUUAUAUACUGCCACCCUGCAUAUGUUUACCUUUGUUUUCUUUGUCUAAUUGUAUAUAUUUUAAUACUGGUCAUUGUACUUUAAAUAUAGUCUACCUGUAGUGGCAUUUUGGCUUAUCAUUUACCAAAGAUAGUAUUUGAAAUACAUUAUUUGAAGCUGUUAGAUUCUUUAAAAUAUUUUCUACUUAUGCAAAGCAUGAUUUGUGGCUAAUUUUGACUAUUUGUUUAUAAUCUAUUCAUAAAAAAAUGUUUGCAAAGUAAUAUUCCAGUGCAGUGUUUACUACAACUACAGAAAAGCAAGUCCCCAGUACAGUGCCAGUUUCAAGAGUGGAGUAUGAAUUCAAACGAUAAAACACUAUAUUCAACAUAACUCGCUAGUAGUGCUGAGAAUGUAGUGUGGGAGUUUGACCAAAAUUGAUUCCGUUGUGUACUUUAAUUUGAAGGUCGUAAUCAUUUCUGGCACAGCGGUCUAAGGCACUGCAUCUCAGGGCUAGAAGCGUCACUACAGACACCCUGGUUUGAAUCCCGGCUGUAUCACAACCAGCCGUGAUUGGCAGUCCCGUAGGGCGGUGCACAAUUGGCCCAGCGGCGUCCAGGUUUGGCCAGUGUUAAUAAGAAUUUGUUGACUUGACUUGCCUAGUUAAAUAAAGGUUCAAUAAAACAUGUUUACAUGAAAAUACUAUCAGGAUUUGGUGGUUUUAACAUAGAUUGAUUUUAGUCAACUUUUGUUACACCUGGCAUUGUACCAUUUCAUAAACAAAUAAUACUGUAUGGGACUGUGGAUGUUGGUGGAAGUGGCUGCUUUACAACGAGAACUUAGCUUACAGUGUUCCAAAGAAGUAGAGGUACUCUACAUGCAAUUCAUGAAUGAAUUUGCUAACCACACACAGACUGAAUGGCUUUGCUAAGUGCUUAGCUGCAAAUAGGAAGGUCACAUUUUCCCUUUGAGUAACAGCACUACUGUACAGUGAAGCACAGCACAUAAUGCAUGACAAGGUUACAAUAGAAGUUUCAGGGGAAUUUCUUUGUGCCUGAUUUGAACUAUAUAGCAUGUUUCUUUUAUUUAAUUGCUUCUUUUUAGGAGUUGGAAUUCAUUUCUUUCAAUUUACAGACACUUAAGAUUAGUUAAGAUGCUUUUAGUGUGUCAUGUCAACUGACUUAAUUGAGCACAGAAAUGAGUGAGAGGAGAAAUGAGUGAGUUAUCUUGUUUGAGUCUUUGAAUAAAGUGGAAAAUACUCAUAGCUCA